AUGGGUAUACAGUGGUGUGGCAUCAGAACGGGACUGAAUGUCUUCCAGUCUUCCAGUAGACCCUUAUACCUCUGGGAGGAGCAGACAGCGUUGCCUCACACCUUUUACCUGGCCUUCAGAGUUCAAAGACUGACCAUACCUCCUUCUGAAAGCGCCAUGCAGGACUCUGAGACUCUGCUCAAACUUCUCUGCUGUGUAGGUAUCAUGCAGCAAAUGACCUUAGUAAUGAGUGACCUGACUGGAGAUGACCCUGACUGUCCUGAUCACAAAUCCCACUGUAUCCAGAAGUCACAGGAAGAAGACAAGUCUGUUGCGACAACGGAUGUAGAAGAUAAAAAUAAAACAGUGAAGAUUGACACAGAAAGAAGCAUUCAUCAGUGCCCACAUAUGAUGUCAUUUCCUUUAUCACCUGUAGAUUUAAGCAGGCCACAUUCACAGACACCAGCAAAUGGAUCUUUGGAAAGACUAUCUAAAUUAAAGAUGGCAACAUCGAGCUGCCGAGCUGAUUCUACAUAUGAAAUGAAAUCUGAAUGGGCCAAAGCCUCUAGUUAUAAACAAGAGGAGGCAGGUGCGGGUGGAAUAUACAAAAAAGAAACUUUCAUUUCCUCUCUCCCCGUCCAGCCCACCAAAACAACUCAAUCAUUUCAUUUUCCAGAGAACAGGAGCGUGUUUGACACUGAACCUCGAAUUUUAAGACAAAAUAUCAGUUCUACAGCAGGUAGUUCCAUUUCACAAUCUAAAGAUUCUAUCAAAAUAAGCACUGAAGACAAAUCAGAGGUCAAAGGUCAGACUAAUAAGGAGCUCUUGCAGACACUACAGCCAUCUGUCUCAGUUCUGAAGAACAGUACAGAGCUUGCCGUUUCAAUGAACACAAACCCAGUGGAAAUUUCUAGAACAGCAACAAAUAUCCAUCCGAUUGAAAUUUUAGAUUCAGCCAAUAAUGCGUCGUGGACAAAGUCUGUUAAGGAUUCAAUCACAGCGCCAAGUGGUUCACUUCAAAACCUGACCCGCGCAGCCAUGGAAACCAGCACCGGCAGCGCCUCAGUCAAUAAAGUAAAGUCACUGGAGAAGAAUGAAGAAAUCAGAGUGACUAGUCGACCCACGACGCCGAUGCAAACUCAACCUGUAGCAAUCACUCAGCUAAUGCCUUUUCAUCAAACUGGGAGUCCCAGUGCUGAAAGACAGGAAGCUAGUACUGCACCGAGAGAGAGAGAAGAUGCAGAUGAGACUCCACAGAUUAGACAGGAGGAGCAACAAGCCCCUGUGACUGAAGAAUUAGAGACUGAUGAUUGUUAUACCGGUGAUACUGCUGCCUGUUCAGAACAUCCAAAUACACCAAAUACAACAACAGCCCAGCCCAAUCAGAUGCACAGAAACAUAAACAGAGAAGGAGGUCUAAUACGCACAUCAGGUUUCAGAGGCCUAAGUGGGUAUCCAGGCCCACCUGGCUUACCAGGUCCUCCAGGUGAAAAAGGAGACAAAGGGUAUGCAGGAGUGAUGGGUGAUGGGCCAGACAGGAGUACAGAGGACCAAUCGGACCGCCAGACAGCUAUUGUAGUCUGGUACACAUCAGAAGAAUGGCAAGCUUUUAAAGGUGCAUAA